AAAAUUCAAUCCUGGUUGGCCUUGCACAACACCUUUCAACAUUUAUUACUCUUUCUACUCAUUUAAGAUAAGUCACCCGAAGCACAUAUAUUAGUGAAAAAUAUUCAAAAUACAGUUAAAACUUUUAUUUUAAUUUGCGUUUACUGGUAGAACACGAAGCAAUCGAAACUGGCUGAACUGGAGAAGAAAGUCCAGUGUUCCCUCCCGAGAAUCGCUUCGUGAAUUCGUGAUCAGCCGGCAGUCUGAUGAAAAUGGUGCGUCCCAGUCGCCGUAAAGGGAUCGAGGAGGUGUACGGCUCCAAGAUGGAUUCCAUACACCCGGCCAAGUCGAUGGUGGUGUCGCAUGUAGGUAUGACCAAGACCGCCGCACUGCGGGCCGAGCGGGCGGCGGCGGGCGUGGGCGGUGCUGGGGGAGGCGGUGGUGCCGGUGCCGGGGUGAGUGGAACGAUGAGCAACCGGCAGAUGGAGACACGGACACAGCGCAGUUUCGUGACGGAAAACGAUUACUACAUCACCACGAAUCUACCCCUGACGGCGGCCAACCUGAGGAACACUAGCCAGAUUACGCAGCCGUCGGCAUCUCAGAUGAUGCCCGGACACGGCCACCACCAGCCGUCGCCCUACAACGCCAUAUCCUCUAGGCGCAACUCCAUGGCCAAUAAGGCCAGUGCCCGUCACUCCCAGAUGUCGAAGGUGCCCCACUUCUCGCUGCCCGAGAACAAGGUGAACAACAGUGUCUAUAGCUUGGCCAAGCCGAAGGAUAGCCAUCGUAUGCAUGGACACGGGAAAGGCGUCUCCCAACGCGCCGCCUUCGGCCUCGAGGACAACAUGGACUUCUCGGACAAAGAACUGAUGGCGCCAGCCUCGAACCAGGGAAAUACCCGUCGCCAGCACUCUCAUGUCCACCAGAUGCAACCCAUCAUCAUGCAGCAUUCGCAUGCGCAUCCGCCCCAGCACCAGCUCCACCAGCAGCAGAUGUCCCACAUCAGUAGCAUGAAGCAUCAGCCGCAGUUACAGGCACAACACCAGUCACAGCAGAUCCAUCAGCACCACCACCAGCACCAGACGCACCACCACCCUAACUCGCAUCGGAAGCACUCGCGUGGGCGGCAGCCGAAUCCCACGAGCAAGGUGCAAGUGAGUACCGCCGAUGACGAAGACGAGAAGGACGACGAUCCAGAGGAGUUCUUCGAGCUGAUCCGCCAGACCGUUCAAACGGCUGUAGGGAACACCAUCUCGGAUACUUUGGGGAAAAACUUCCGUGAUCUGGGCCACAAGAUCGAUCGCUUCUCCGGCGAGCUCAAGCAGACCAAUGACCACUUGGACAAACUGCAAGAACAGGUCACCGAAAAGGUUAUUUAUUACGGGGAGGAGAACAUGAGGCACUUUAAAUACUUGUGCAUGAAGUCCGAGUAUGACAAGAUGUUCUAUCAGCAUCAACACAUGAUGACCGGCAAGCCAACGCCGGAAAUGGUGGACACUUCGCAGAUGAACCUUGCGGCAUCGGCCUCGGUGGCCAAUAACCUGGGCUACAAGACCUCCCAGGUCUCGAAGCAUACGACGGGAAAGUCUACCAAGAUUAAAAGGGACUCGAAAACGGCCACAAACGUGGUAACCAAAAAAGCCUUGAUGGAGGCCCUGAAGGUGGGACCCUUCCACAGUACCGCCAAGUCCCAUCCGGCACAUCAGGAAAUGGCGCCUCCAUCUGCCAUGGCUGACGCUCAGAAGUCCUCCUCGGAGAUGAGCUUGAACGUAAAGUCCUCGGAGCAAGGCAUGCGCGAAAUCCUGGGCCACAUACAGCGCUUCUGCACUCAGAUGGAGAUGAAAGACCACAGCGGUCAAGCGAUGAACCUAGACGAUUUAAUGGUUCCCAAGAAAUUGUCCAAUUCUGGCAUCGGCGACACCUCCGCCAAGACAACGGGUCGCAACAUCGCCGGCUGUCAGGGUGACAAGAAGGCGGAAGAAACCGAGCUAGACACUCCGGUGGACAGCAUGGACGAGACCUACACCGAAAUGGAUGAGUUUCAGUUUUCCUCGGAAAUAUCGUCCUGCAGCGAUGAGGACGACUGUAUGAAAUACGGAGCUGGGGAUGUGACCACUAGAGCGCCAGCAAAACCGGUCCGGAGACCUGUUAAUAAGGGCGCCGGCGAUGGCCAAUAACUGAGACGCAACUGAAGCAACUAAGAUAUGAAGCUUUUAUCCUUGGACACACAAAAAUACACAAAAGAACUUGCGACGAACACAGGACACUGUAACAAAAACGAUAUCAAACGACUCGAACGAAACGACAUAGAAGCUGCGUUUUGGUUUUCCCAAUUUGCUGUUUGAAUCUGUUUCGAUGAACAAAAUUAUCAAAUCGAUGUUGUAAAACCAAAAAUAAUUAAUUUUGGCCUAGGACAAGUUUGUAUAAAAAUUAGCAAGGACCUUUGUAACGCCCAAUACCCGCACCUAUUCACGUUACCAGGCUAAGCUUGAAACAUAAAGACACGCCACGUUAUAAUUGAGAAUAAAUCUGAAAUUGUAAGAUCUUUGCAGAAUGCAAAUCCAAGAAAAGAUUA